AGGCAAUGGCCGCCGAGGCCCCGGUGCCGAUGCACCUCGACGACGUGGAGUGCCAUAAGGGCCAGCUUCGUGAGGCAUCCGAGUCCGAGGACAGCGUCUCGACCAUGGCGCCCAAGCCGAUCUACAUCAUGCACUACCUUGCCCGUGCAAAGCCGGACGAGGACGAGCGGACGCUGAAAGUGCAGCACGUUGCCCGUGGCGUGUGGUACUACAAGAUCCCCCAGGUCGACGAGAGCAGGUCCCAGAAGACGUGGCUCGAGUGGCGGCAGAGCGCGCAGGAGUUCGUGGACGGCGAUACCGAUAACCGCAAGUACAUCGUUCCGCUGCGUACCAGCCGCGGCAAGGCUGGCGGUCUGAACUUCGUGGAGAACUAUCCACGGCGGCGGAUCUCUUCGACUACUCCUGCAGGCAGGAAAUGGAGGAAGUGCGGCCCGAGGCAGUGGAUGGUGAGCAGCCGCCUGAAGAGAGGUUCAAGUACAGCCUCUUUGGAAUCGCUGAUGCCCGCCAUCAAUUCCAGCCCGACUUCAUGCAGGAGACAAUCCCCUUCUUUUUCAUGAAGAAGUCCAACAAGGUGAACCCCAGAGUUGCCUUCACCCAGUGCCCGCAGUACUUCCCCGAGAUGCCCGACGAGGUUGACUACCUGGACACCAACAAUUCAAACUUCUUCCGCAUGAACUGCAUGUUGCGUAAUUGCUGCGGCGGCGUGUCUUCCUGUGGUACUGGCGGAACGUGGCUCAUCCGUGACAGGCGUGCAGGUAUCAAGGGUACAAACAGUAUUUGGGAGAUGGACUCCAUCGAGUGGCGCCGCCAGGGCUUUCAUCAAAUCUUCGAGCACCGCUUCUUCCACGAGAGUUGCAAAGUUGAAGACACAGCGUCCAGUCUUGACCGCGUGGUUAAGGGUAAGCACUCCCAGUACAUCAACAGGCGCCUCGCCUACGGCAUGGCCAAGGAUCCAGUUGACUACUUGGCCGCAGUACAGCGCUGGGCAGAGGGUGGCGUCGUCCUCUCGUUGCAGACCUUUAUGGGCUGCGAGCAGGGCAUCCACAUGAUUUGGAUGACAUUCCUUCUCUUUCUGAGCUUCCUGGGGUCCCUGCUAGUUAUGGCGUAUGGGUCCUACGCACCGCUGUUCCGCCUCAUCAGUGAGACGCUGCUGGGAGACGACUCGUUGCUGACAUUCUACCAGGACUUUGCAAACGCUCAGGCGGAGUGGUGCGUGCAGAACGGGUUUGCGAUUGCCUUCGCUCAGGCGCAGUGGCUGGAGAUAUUCUUGCAGGUGGAGCUGUGGCUUACCUUGGUCUUCAUGUGUGUCGUUGUCAUUAUGAUAGUAACAACGAUCUCUUACAUGUUUCACCACACCACGUGUGGCGGCCGUAAACGGAAGCAGCGCCGGACCCGGUUUCCAGUCUCUAUGGCGCAGUGGGCACGCCUUGCCAUCACCAUGGACAACCUUACGUACUUCCUGUGGUUCUGGACGGCGUUCUUCUGGGUGUUCUUCAACUACUACACGGUCUUCUUCCCCAAGACUUACGUCUUCGAGCCACAGGGUAUGAUGGUCUUCUCUUGGAUUGUCCAAGCCUUGAGCUGGUCCUUAGUUAUAUCUGCGACCAUGAGGUAUAGGAUGGAUCAGAGCAUGGCAGCCAACGAGGUGUUCUUCCUGAGCCUUACGAACAUCUGGCGUACCACCCAGCUGUUCUACAUUACCGCCCCGCUCACACUGUACUCGAUCCUUAUGGGAAUUUCAGACUUCCUGAAGAAUCGGAUGCUUGGCAUUGACAUCAGCUACUGGGUGGGAGGAGAUCGUGGUGCGGUCUCGAAGGCCAUCACUCAGUACUGGACCCUGCUGCUGGUUUUUGGCGGCAUCAUCACCAACAUUCUGUUCUGGGUUGGCUUGACGCCUCACGCCGAGUUCAUCAACAUCCUCAUUGUCACGUUCAUCGCCCUGGAUGUGCUGCAUCCCUGCUGCUUCCUAUGGUUCGGCAACAGUCCCGAGAACCUCCCAAAGGCGCCAGAGUGCAAGGAACCGCCGCUGAGGUGCAUUGGCGCGGACGCGUGGAACGGCUUCAGGCGCAGUUUGCAGCUCAUGGUGUGCCCCGCCUUUUACAGGAACUGCGUGCGGGCCGUCGUGUUCCACCGUCGCACCUCCUUCUUCAUCCGCUGGAUCGGACCCGUGCAGAACGUGAUGUUCCCGGUCCUCACCUAUUUCAUGCCUGAGCUUGCAAUCAACCAGGCGCUGCUGCUGCUGGCCUCCGUGAAGUGAGGCGGUCGCACCCUUCCUCCUACUCCUCGUGCUCCUCCCUCCCCCGUCGCCCCUCCCUUGGACAUCUUCGAGCCGUGGCCCGCCCCUUCUGCUGGAGCUCACCCUGUAGUCUUGGCCUCCUCUGGCUGCCUUGCCCGCGCGCUGCACCGCACGCGCGCGCGAGAUUAUCGCAGCCGCUUCUCGGCGGCCAGCCUAAGGGGCCGCUUCUGGCCCUGACGCUAA